AUGGUGCAGACAGUGAAACGUCCCCUAAGGAAAAUUCUAGGUCGAGGCGCGCUGUGGUUCAGGGAGCUAGAAACAGUUCUGGUUGAAAUCGAAUCCUUGGUGAACGAGAGACCUCUCACGGCAGUGCAACUCGAUCCGAAUGAGAUCGGCGCGUUGUCGCCAGCAGAUCUACUCUACGGACAUAGAGCGAAGCCGACCCUGCCUGAAAUGAAAUUCAAACCAGAUUCGCGAGAAGCAGCGAACUCGAUAGUUUUCUCGAGGCGUUGGAAACACCAGCAAUCGGUUAUUCGAGCCUUCCAGAAGCGGUUUUCGCAGGAAUAUAUCCAGUAUCUAAGAACCGCGCAUAGUAGGAAUCCGUCAGAGUCGCGCAGCGUGCAAGUCGGCGAUGUAUGCCUCUUGCAGGAUCCAAGUCCUUCGAAAGCGCGUUGGCCUCUAUGUCGAGUGCUGAGUCUUUCGGGCGGGGAGAGAACGGAUCGUCGGCAACGAUCCUGCCUCAUCAAAACGGCUUCAGGCCAAGUCUUUCAGAGACCGGUGCAGUGGCUCUACCCGCUAGAGGUCUAG